GGUGAUACUAAUUAAAUCAUACUACUGAAUUAUCAUCACGGCCAAAAUCUUCCUCCAACUGCCCCGAUCCGAUAAUCCCCGUCCCUGCCCUCCAUUCCAAUUCACUCAGCUUGCAUUCGGGGUGAAGCUGCCUUUGCACGGCCCUAUUCGACUUCUUCUGCAUUGUCUCUUGGUCUGGAUCGUUGCUCGUCUUGCUUUCCUGAAUCUCGCAAUGGCUGCUCCCCGGUUUCUCCGGCCAGCUGGUCGUCUGCUGCAAUCGCGAAUUUCCUCGCCAAUCCGCCCUGCGUUCAGAGCUCCAGCAUGUGCUCCCUCGACUUACUACCGGCGCACAUACGCGACAGAAGGAUCGAAAGAGGUGACCGUCAGAGAUGCCUUGAACGAGGCGCUCGCCGAAGAGCUCGAGAGCAACGAUAAGGUCUUCGUUCUCGGUGAGGAAGUUGCACAAUACAACGGAGCAUACAAAGUAACGCGAGGUCUUCUCGAUCGUUUUGGACCCAAGCGGGUUAUUGACACUCCUAUCACCGAAGCCGGUUUCGCUGGUCUGGCAGUUGGUGCCGCAUUGGCUGGCUUGCACCCCGUUUGCGAGUUCAUGACUUUCAACUUCGCCAUGCAAGCUAUCGAUCAGAUUAUCAACUCUGCUGCCAAAACACAUUACAUGUCCGGAGGUAUCCAGCCCUGCAACAUUACUUUCCGUGGUCCCAAUGGAUUUGCCUCUGGUGUUGCUGCGCAACACUCUCAAGACUACUCUGCCUGGUACGGAGCUAUCCCUGGUUUGAAGGUCGUCUCUCCCUGGAGCGCCGAGGAUGCCAAGGGUCUGCUGAAGGCAUCAAUUCGCGACCCUAACCCCGUUGUAUUCCUUGAAAAUGAAUUGCUCUACGGUGAGGCAUUCCCAAUGAGCGAGGCGUCCCGAAAGGACGACUUUGUUCUUCCCAUUGGAAAGGCCAAGAUUGAGCGCCCUGGUAAAGAUUUGACCAUCGUUUCCCUCUCCCGCUGCGUUGGACUUUCCCUCAAGGCCGCCGCCCAAUUGAAGGACAAAUACGGAGUCGACGCUGAAGUCAUCAACCUCCGAUCUGUCAAGCCUCUUGACGUCGAGACUAUCAUCAAGUCUCUCCAGAAGACCGGCCGCUUAAUGUCCGUCGAAUCGGGCUUCCCUAUGUACGGAGUCAGUGCUGAGAUUCUUGCCAUCACCAUGGAAUACGGAUUCGACUAUCUGACCGCCCCGGCUGUUCGUGUCACUGGUGCCGAUGUUCCUACUCCAUAUGCUCUCAAGCUUGAGGAGUUGAGCUUCCCCCAGCCAGACACCAUUGUUAGCCAGGCUGCCAAACUCCUCCGACUGUAAACUUACGAUUCCAUUUGUGUCAUUCGAGGCGGACAGAAGACGAACUUUUGAAAAAGAACCAAUAUUUAAUUCCAUCACGCGUCUCAUACUGUUAGAUUGUUGCGGACCACCCUUUCCUAUUGUCAUUAUUUGAGCCGAUACUAGAAUUGUACGACUAUUUAUCAAGAGCAUUCUGUCUUCCAUCUGCCGCCUUGGACUUUUGUAUAGAUCAAUACAACA